GCGCUCCGGUCGCGCGCCAGUCCAGUUUCAGUCCGCAGCCGGGAGCCGAGCCGAUUCCAGACGGAGAGAUCACGUACCGGAAACCCGACGCGACGCGCAACACGCACGAACCGGCGCCGGCGCGAGCACGGCGAGCGACGCGAACGCACGCGCGAGCCCAGUGUGUGACGGCAGUGCGUGACGAGCCGUGCCGAACGGUGUGACGGUGUGCCGCAGCGUGCGGUGCCAUGUGAGCAGUGAGUUUGAAAGCAGGUGCCCGUCCCCGCGGUCCCCGCGCGAUGGCCCGCGUGCCCGCUGUGUUGCUGGUGGCGGUGGCCGCGUCCCUGACGCCCCUGGCCUGGGCUGCGCCGCCUGACAACUUCCUCAAGAUGUUCCCGGCCAUCUCGAGCGCGCCCCCGGACCCUUGCUACGACGAGCAGCAGUCGCAACAGCCCAAGCGCUGCAUGCCCGACUUCGUGAACGCGGCCUUCGGCAAGCCGGUGGAGGCGUCGUCGACCUGCGGCAUGUCGGGGCCCGUGCGCUACUGUGACAGCACUCCGGAUGGGGCGGCCUCGGCGCCGUCGACAUCCACGCCGAACGCCAACGCGCUGUGCCACAUUUGUGACGACACUAACCCCAAGCGGCGAUACCCGGCCUCCUUCCUAACCGACCUCAACAACCUCUCGAACGUGACGUGCUGGCGGUCCGAGCCGCAGCCGCCGCCCGCGUCCAGCUCCGCGCCGCCGGACAACGUGAGCCUCACGCUCAGCCUGGGCAAGAAGUACGAGCUGACGUACGUCAGCCUGCAGUUCUGCCCACGCGCCGUCAAGCCCGACUCGCUGGCCAUCUACAAGUCCAUGGACUACGGCAAGACGUGGCAGCCGUGGCACUUCUACUCGUCGCAGUGCCGCCGCGUGUACGGCCGGCCCAACCGCGCCACCAUCACUCGCGCCAACGAGCAGGAGGCCCUGUGCACCGACGGGAGCUCGAUGGCCUCCAGGAUCGCAUUCAGCACACUCGAGGGCCGGCCGUCCGCCGCGGACUUUGACUACUCACCAGUGCUGCAGGAUUGGGUUACCGCCACCGACGUCAAGGUCGUCUUCAACCGCCUCUACUUCCCUAAGGACGACCCCGACGACUCGCUGUUCUCGGAGCCGCAGCCUCCGAAGAAGGACGGGGCCGCAGGGUUGGGCCCCGUGCCCGUGUCGCCGGGCAAGGCCAAGGUGCUGUCCAACUUCUACGGCGCCGGCGGCGUCCUGGGCAGCCUGGGACUCGGAGGCAGUCUGAGCGGCAGCCUGGGCGGCAGGGCGGCCCCGACCACACCGUCCUUCAGCGAGGAAGAAGAAGACGAGGACGACGAGGACAACAACACGCAGCGCGACCAGCCGCAGGCCAUGGAGCCCUCGCUCAAGUACAAGCAGCACGGCGACGAUAUGAACGCCCUCGGCACCACGGCCACCACCACCAUCAGCAUGUCGCACUACGCCGUCAGCGACUUCGCCGUCGGCGGCCGGUGCAAGUGCAACGGGCACGCGUCGCGCUGCACGACGACCGGCGGCCAGGGCGGCCAGCCGGGGCAGCUGACGUGCGAGUGCAGGCACAACACGGCGGGCCGCGAGUGCGAGCGCUGCAAGCCCUUCCACUUCGACAGGCCGUGGGCCAGGGCCACCGCCAAGGACGCCAACGAGUGCAAAGCGUGCAACUGCAACGGCCACGCGCGCAAGUGCCGCUUCAACAUGGAGCUGUGGAAGCUGUCGGGCCGCGUGUCCGGCGGCGUGUGCCUCAAGUGCAGGCACUUCACCGCGGGCCGCCACUGCCACUACUGCCGCGAGGGCUACUACCGGGACGCCUCCAAGCCCAUCACCAACCGCUACGCCUGCAAGCCGUGCGAUUGCCACCCGAUCGGCGCCUCGGGCAAGACGUGCAACCAGACGAGUGGCCAGUGCCCCUGCAAGGACGGCGUGACGGGAACCACCUGCAACCGCUGCGCCAGGGGCUACCAGCAGAGCCGCUCGCACAUCGCGCCCUGCGUCAAGAUCCCCAAGGUGUCCGCCAUCCAGGCAACGGAGGGCGAGGAUGACGACGACAGCGCGCCAAACCGCACCGACCAAUGCGGAAAGUGCCAGAUCAGCACGAAGCGGCUGAACCAGCGCAAGUACUGCCGGCGGGACUACGCCGUGCUGGUUCAGGUGCUGUCCCGGGAGGACCCGGUGCCCGCGCCGAACGACCCGGACAUGGACGCCGACGAGCCAGAGGACUCCGACGAGGAGGACGACUACGUGGACCCGGACCGCGACGACGACGAGGACGACAGCGGCGCCGACUCCGAGGACUGGGUGCCCUUCCGGGUGUCGGUGGACACCGUCUUCAAGAAGGCGGGCGUCCAGUCGCGCCUCAAGAAGGGCCCGUCCUCGCUGUGGGUGCGCGCCACCGACCUCGCCUGCAAGUGCCCCAAGAUCAAAGUCAACAAGUCGUAUCUCAUCCUCGGGAACGAGGGAGAGGGGCUGGGCGCCGGGCUCACCAUCACGGAGCACUCCAUCGUCAUCGAGUGGCAAAAGGACUGGACGAGCCGUCUGCGCCGCUUCCAGCAGCGGUCGCGCUUCUGCAUCUGAGCGGCCCAAGACGAGCAGGGCCUGGAGGGGAGGCGGGAACCGUGUGGGUGUGACUCACACGAGGCGUUAGCCAAGGUCGUUUUAUUUACAAAAAAUAAGCACAUCCCUGGACAUGAGAUCCAUGAAAAUAGACUUUGAAAACAACGGAAAAUAUGGAAAAAGAGAGGAGUAAAAAAAAAGAAAAGGAUCCAUUUAAAUUUUAUUUGAAAAUUUCGAAAUUUCGGACAGACGCACCAAUUUUCAAAAACGGCGAGAGAUUUUUUAAUUUAAAAAAUACAUGAGUUUAGUUGAAAAACUUGUUUUUAAUGGUGGUUCUGCGGUGAGGAUAUCUUAACGCUAGUCUGAAAACAUGGCCGAAACUUGUUUGAGAAUAGGUGGAAUGUUGGUAUAAGAUCCCUUUUCAUUCCUAAGCCAAUGUACCUGUUUAAACGUGCCAACAACAACAAUAUGAUGCAAUAACAUAGAUACUGAGGCGUAAUAAGGCGAAAAGGGAAAGAAAUUAGUUAAUAGUGUCAAAACGUUUUGCGCGACUGCGACACGGACUAUAUGACUGUUUUUUUGUCGGUUCAACCGCCCUUAAAGAGAAAAUGAAAUUAUAAUGUCUUGGAGAUGUCUCGGCUGAAUCACACCAAUUAAUGUGAGAAAGGAAAAGCUGGAGAUAUUCUUAGAUUGUCCUAGUACUUACAAGCCAGGGCAAGCACCGCUUACACUGUCGUUAUGGUCCCAAUCAAACGAGACAGCCGAUAGUUACUUUUGUUAUCUAAAUGGUACACUGUAAAAAAACGUCUGCAAUAAAACAAAAGUUUAAAGCUGUAAAUUAUAAACAAUUUAAAACUGUAAAAUUUAUUGUAAAUUGUAGGGUGAGUGAUACCAAAGUGACACUGAAAGUAGUUUUAGACUGCACAUUCGGAGAACAGUGACAAUUUUUACAGUAACGAAUGUAGGCCCUUUUUUACAGUGUAUCAUAAACAUUCCAUAAAAAUGUGAGCGUGUUUGACUCAAUUUGUAAAUAUGACUGAAGAGUGGAAUAACGCACGUACCUCCACAAUUGGCGAGGAUCACAAGUCCGGUGGGCUAGAUGCCCGCAGUUUGUAUCAUAGUGCCUAGGCUGUAGAAACUUUUACAAGCGUUGUUCGCUUAGCUCUGUUCCUAUAACUUAUUAAUAUUGUUCUAGAAUGGUAAAAUCAAUUUGUUUAUGAUUGUGCUUUGUAGAAAAACAGCAAUGGGUGAAAAACAUUUUGACGAGGUGGUGCAAUAAUGCCCCUAUUUAUUGUUUUUAUAAUUAAAAUGGUUGACCCCUUUUUUGAGUAGAUGUAAUUUUCUCACUUUUUCAAUAUCAGAAUUUUUUAUUAUGUGAUGCCAAAACAAACGUAGAAUCAAAGUCGACGGCAUAAGCACACUCACCUUUGUUCACAUAUCUCUGAUGCAAAUCACAGGCAAUCAAGAUUUUUGUUUAAUUCUGGUAACCUGAGAAAUUGAACUAUUCAGGACACCAAGGGGAAACCUAUUAAUGUUACGUUUGUAUACAUAUCUCUCAAAGAUUUCAAGCAGUCAAGUUGUUUGAAUGUAAUUUUGGGUUAGCAUUGUUUUGAACAUCUAUAACCUGUUAACCAUCAUUUGUCAUUUUAUCACUUUUUCUUGUAUUUUUGUUGUCUGUGAUAUACCAUUUUUUAUUUGGCCUGUGAAUUCGGUACUUCGCGCUUCCAUGACAAGUGACUGGACAAAAGAAAUAAGACAUGCACUUACGAGCAAAAUCAUUUUUCCUGGACAGCAAUUAGUCAUCACGCCAGGCAUUCGCAGUUAUUGCAAAAAAAGGAAUAAAGCUUUGUGAAAGGCGUCUCCUCAGUAUGACACUUUUCCUUAAUUGUUAGAUUACGUUGUAACAUUUUUAUCUGUGACGCUUUAACAUUUAAUGCGAUAACAUCUAUAUUACUCUUGCUACCAUUGAUAUUACCAAUAAACUGACUGUACUAUA